AGUUACCGUCUGUACAUCACACAGAGACGUUCCCACGGUUUUUGUUCUUCUACCUCAGAAUAACUUAGACAAUGGUCCACUCGUACGGCUACAAGUCCGGCACCCGCCACCUCUUCGCGAAGAAGUUCCGCAAGCACGGUGUGCCGCCGGUGUCGACGAUCCUGUCGACCGUGAAGGUGGGCGACUUCGUCGACGUCGUGGCGGACUCCGCGGUGCGGGAGGGCAUGCCGCACAAGUACUACCACGGCCGCACGGGCAUCGUGUGGAACGUCACGCCCCGCGGUGUCGGCGUGAUCAUCAACAAGCCGGUCCGCACGCGCACCCUGCGCAAGCGCAUCUGCGUCCGCUUCGAGCACGUCCGCAAGUCGCGUUGCCAGGAGGCGUUCAAGGCGAAGGAGCACCAGUUCCAGGCCCACCUCGCUGCCAAGAAGGCCGGCACGGCCCUGCCGCCGCUGAAGAAGAGCUCCCGCGUGGGCGGCUUCGUGCGCCCGAAGAGCGUGGAGGUGCUGGCCCGCCGCGUGGCGGACUACGAGGCGAUGCUGCCGUACUAAGAGCGUGUACCGCGUCUCUGGCCUGCCGCACUCCUGCCGCGGUGCUCUCUCGAUGAAAGCGUGGAACACUUUUUGUCGGUGCAGAAAAGGUGAAUGACUUCGGUUUCUUUUCUGGUUUUCUCAUUUCUGAAU